AUGGAUAAAGACACGAGCGGAGUCGUCAAUCGCGUGCCCAUGGAUGUCGCUAGGGCCUUCGUUACAGGUCAUCCUAUGCAGGACGAAGCGGACAUAGUCAGGUGCAACCAUUGCAAACGACCCGUGCUCAGACACAAAGCCAAGGCGCACAUUGAAGAGUGCAUUCAGAAGAAACAGGAAAAGCAGCGCAAGAAGAAAGAGGCCAAGGACGCACGCGACGCCGCCGCGCGUAGAGCUGAACGAGAGAACGCAGACAGUGAAUCCGAAGAGGACGACAUCACAAUGGGUUCCAAGACGGCCGGCAAGAACGACGGCACCUCGGGCAAGAAGCGCAAGGCCGAGGACUCGACCGAAGGCGCAAAGAAGAAGAAAAAGAAGGACGAGCCAAAGGCCAAGGCCCCUCGACCAAAGGCUCCUGUCGACGUUGAAAAGCAGUGCGGUGUACCUCUCGCUAACGGCGCUCAAUGUGCUCGCAGCUUGACGUGCAAGAGCCACAGUAUGGGUGCAAAGCGCGCUGUGCCCGGCAGAAGCGCUCCUUACGACAAGCUGCUGGCUGAGUACCAGCGCAAGAACCAGGCAAAGCUACAGAGUACGUCUUGGUCCGUCACUUGUCACAACACGUUGCUAACUUUCACUCCAGAGCAAGCUCUCGAGGCCCAACAACCAUUCCAAGACGACGAAUUCGCACACGCCGGACCUAUCGACUCAGAUGAAGAGAAAGAUCUUGUCCUUGCCGCCAUCGCUCGUUCCCAGCCACGUCCUCUCUGGCAGUCACAGCCCAUCCNNCCCCUCAAACGCAAAUACCAAUACGUACGCAUCAAGGAAAUGAUGAGUAGUGCGCUAGGAGGAAAGGGGGCAGGUCUCUUCCGUACUGGCCCUCCACCUGAAGAAGACAACAACAACAAUCUCAUGAACGGCCUGGACGCCAUGACUGCAACACCGGACAACAGCGACAGAAGAAUGAGCGGCGUGCAAAGAACAAUGACAGGAACACAUUCCCGCAAGACGAGUGCUGUUUCCUAA